GAGCAGCCGGUCAGUUCCGCGGGAAUCGGCUUUUGUGCGAUAGCUAGUUAGUCAAUCAAAAGGUUUACAAGUCAGAAAGUGAGCUCGUUUCGCGUGUGAGUCGUACGGGGUCUCAGUUCUCUCAGUAUGAAAUUGUUAAUUGUCCUAGCGCUGCUAGGAUCAUUGGCAACCUUCGUCAAGGCCGCUCCUCAAGAACGAAAUUCGAUCGACUUCCUGUUGGAUUUGAAUCAGGAUGUGCUGCAGGACGAACAGGAAACGGAAGCCGUGGUGAAGCCAGUGUCCCAGCCACAAAUAGGCACCAGCACAGUGGCACCGGAAAGAUCUUCCGAGAGGUCAUCGGAACCAGCACCGGUGUACGAACAAGAAGAAGAAGCCGAUGUUCAGGAACAAGUGCGACCAACAAAUGCUCCUGCCAGCCAGGAAAGCAGUGAAAAGCCUGCCGAAAGUGAAGAACAAGACGGUAGCGAUGAAAACGAAACAGUUGAACAGGAAAGUGAUGAUCGGCAUCAGGAUGUUCAGCAAAGACAACAGGAUGAACCUGUUGAACCUGAGCAAGCAUCGGAAGCUCCAAAAGAAGAUACAACCAUCCGCGUGUAUGAUCCAGAAGAAGAUCAGGAGGAUGAACAGGAGAAGACUUCUGAACAGGAACCUGUCCAAAAUAACGAUGAUGAUCAACAGCAGCAGCAGCAGCCCGAGGAAAUCCAUGAAGAUUUUGACGUUCAGCAGAACUUCCAACCAAACUUCGACGAUUCUCAGUUUAGACAGGAUGUAACGAUUCCGAAUGUCGAACAGGAUACGAGAGUAGAUCAGUACGAUAGUGGCAAUGUUGAAAUUAAGCCAGAUCAAGUUUUUAAUCACGGGUCGAUUUAUGUGGACAAGACCACCUUUGCCAGCGGACCUUCGAACGAUUUAUCCAGCACAACGCCGUACACUGUUAAGAAGUGGAACCAUGACCACGGAUUUGGCGGCUGGCCACCAAGAUUCUCUGGACCCCCACCACCGGGAUCACGUUUCGAUGGACCGCCACCAGGCUUCAAUGGACCGCCAAGAUUUGAUGGACCACCGCGAUUCGAUGGACAACCUCCCCGAUUCGACGGCCCUCCUCCUCCUGGAAUGCGUUUCAACGGAAUGGCACCUCCCCCAUGGGCCAAUCACUGGCACAAUCACCACCAUGACGACCAUCACCACGACGACGACCAAGACGACCAACAGAAGAAAGAUCACGAUCAUGAAUCGAGCAAGAAUGGCGGCAACCAGGAACGGUAUCACGGAUUCCACGGACACCAUGGAGGAUUUCAUCGGGGUGGACCCUGGAGGUGGCACUAACGCGGAACAUUAGACUAAGGAACCCGGAACCACCAUCUGCUCUCUAGGAUAAUUGUGAUCAAACGACAUUCGGAUUCAGUGGCUCAUGUGUGUAUAUUUAAUGACAAGUGUCAGAUUUCCGGUAAAUCAUAACUGUCAUCAUAGAGCUGACAAAGAGCUUCUACUCGGAACUUUUUCCACCCAAUCAAGCUAACCGCAAUAUACAAAUGUGCUUAGUAUUAGAUAUUUAUUAGUCAUCAAUUGAACCGGUUAAACCGUUCAAUUACUUACGAUCGGAUUAGACAAAUAAAACAGGCUUUUUUAUCGACUCGUAUGAAAUAAAAGUCGGAAGAUAUAAUAAA